GAUGGAUUUUCCUUGUGAAACUUCGGGAAAGGUCGAGGUCAAAUUGUGAAUCGGUAAAUAUAAAUCCGAGCAGCAGAACAAAUAGUCUCAGUCAGUUAAAGAUUAUUGAUCAUGGAGCUGCAUGCCAAUGAGUAUCAAGAGAAAUUGUCUUCUCUUGAAAACGGUUCAAUCCGGUAUGAAGUACUGAAGGACGGUUUCAACCCCAUUCGUAAACGACGAGACAUCAAUUAUACUCGAUGCUUUCAAUUGAUGAAAGUGAUUUUGUACCUAGAAUUGGUACUUUUCGUUGGCUGGAUGGGAUGUAUAUUUUUUCCGAAUUAUUUCCGAAUCUACGAAAACCGUGGCAGGGAUGGAUACAGUGAUUCGACCAGCGUCAUUAUUGCAGGUCAACAAAAUCUUGUGAAAACAACCACCAUGAGAAGUCAAAUUUCGAUCGAGCCAGAGAAGGAGGGAAAAAAUAUUGUGAGUGAAACUCUUACAGCAACGACGAAAAAUCCCAUCGACUUCUUCAAUGACGACACGGAUGGGUCCAUCGAUUAUCCUAAUGGGGAUUCAUUGCGAUUCGUCCGAGUGCAGAAUCCAGGCAAGCCUCCGCAUGUUUUUCCCACCCAUCUUUUCGACCACCGGUUGCCGUCGGUUCCGGAUCCAGUUACGUCAGGACCAUCGAUCAAUCACUUUGAUUCAACGAACAUAAAUAAUGAAGAUUAUCUGGAUUAUCUUGAACCCUCGAACGAUACCGAAUACAUGGACAUUCUUAGUGAUAUUAACAGAGACGUGCUUCGAAACAUUGGACUACCGCAUUCCGAAUUCGACUCUGGACUUCUGGAAUCAAUAGAGCCUGAUCUAUCACAUGACACAAGUCCGAGCGAUUUGCACGUACGGCAUUCCUUUGAGUUAUCCGGCGAAGAAAUGGCCAGUCCGUCGUGGAAAAAGAAACGUUCUACGGAAAGCUCGUCGAGCGAAGAGACCAAGACUCAAACCCCGUUAGUAAAACGAUCGACGAAGAGCUCCUCGAGUGUGUCAGGAAGUUCGCUGCCAUCGAGUGAAAAUGAAGAAACGACGGAAGGAGCGAUGAAGGAAGAGAGCAAUUGUCCAAAGAUCGUUGACAUGCACGGCAAUUUGGUUGAAGAUCCGAAAAAAAUAAUUCACUACAUAAAAAGAAACUGGUUCGAUUGGAUUUUGGAGAAUUCUAUUCCUGACUGUAUUCGAAUACAAUUCGAAAAAACUGCCGGUUCCGAUCUUUGUGGAAGAUUAAUAUUCACAUGUAAACUUGACGAGAGCAGUGAGACCGAAGAUAAGAAAAAUGAGCUUGCGCCGGAGAAACGUUCGAUCAGAAGCGCCACGGAAAGUAAUCAGCAGGACUCAUGCGCUGAAUUGGUUACGUCAUCGCGGGGUUUGGAGGAGUGGAGAGAGCGAAUUUUAAUUGGUAAAGAUGAUCCGACUAUCAGAAAGUUUUAUCGCGAGUUUGCAAAAGCCAUCAUGCCGCUAGCCUUACGCGAGAUUGUUGAGCUCUCGACCGAUGGACGGACUAACAUGGAUGAGCAUUGGCGGACUUCUAUGGAGGAGAUAAAACGGAAUAUUUCAAGAUCAACCGAGACGCGUCAAAUCCUCGAGGAAAACACUGCAACUAUCGAUAGAAUGGCGAACGAGCUUCGGAGUUUGGUGGAAUCAACAGUCGACAAUUAUAACCAGUGCCAUGUUGUAGAGACAACGCCGGAAGAGGCAAAAAGGGCGAUGAGUGCCAUAAGAAUGUUGAUCGAUCGUGAAAAAUGCACUAAAAACUUCGACGGAAUGGAAACAAAAUUAAAUUCUUUGGCAGCCGAAGUUGUGAGAGGCGAACCUUUGGAUACAACCGUACGGGAAUUGCGAAAUAGAUUCAAAAAUAUAGUUUUGUCUUUAAGCAAGGUAAUUAAUUCGCACGAACGGCAAACUCCGAUAGGCCAAUAUCCUACCGGUCCUGUCGAGGUCACGCACGAGCAAUGGCUAACAUAUAUGUUGGGUCUUAAACAAGAAAUUUCGAGAGCUUCUGAAGAUCCUGCUAUUCGACAGCAACUUGAAGCUGAUGGUUCUCCCACUGAAGAGCAGGCUACCCAACUUCGUGAAAUAGUCGAAUACAUUUUGCGCGGAUGGCAGUACUGCUACCGGGUUUCAUUUUUUGGAUCGAGAGGCAUAGCUAAACACGCGGAGUCGAACCGGAGAAUGAUGGAAAAUUCUGCGAGCUAAUGAAACGAGCGUUGAUGUACCUAUUUUUUUUUUUUAAUUAUGACGACAGUGCUGAAAAAUUGAAAACAAUGAAUCGCGGCUUCAUGAUGAUGUCGUCAAACUCACUAUAAUUUGGAUAUUUUCGGUAACUUGAAGAGAAGCAUGCGGAUGUUGAUCAUCGCUCGAAGUUUUGUUAGCUAAACCUGUUUAUAUGUAAAAUGUAAAUACUCACUGAGAACAUCUGUUAAAAAAUGUAUAAUAUUAUUGGCACUCAAGCACGCACGGAAAUAAACUUUACAUUCUCAGAAUCAAUAUGGUUUUUCAUGAUAAUCCGUUUCUUAUUUGACAUUAUUUUUAUUGUUUGUGUUUACUGAACAAUUCGAACAACCGGUGUGAUACACCAAUGAAUUUUACACUUUAAACUUAUUUUUUCCAAAGGAAAUUGUAAACCAGAAAGAAAUAAUAUUGUUGACUUCUGAAAUAAAAUUAUUUACUAAUACAA